AUGUUGCUUCCCAAACUUUCUCUCCUAGCAGUUAUGGGGAUACCUGUAGCUGCCCUGAAGUACCAAAAUGAAGUCGCAGACGCGACGAUAGACCGCAACUGGUUGCUGUCAGGUUGUGGCCCUUGUCGCAAGUACCCUCUCCCUAAUAACGACGCCGACGGCUUCAGGUAUGAUGAAGACAACGAUGCAACCUACAAAAGUAUCUGCGACGUAUGCCGCAGUAACUAUGGCCCUAGACAGCCAGGUCGCGAUGACUAUGACCUUAAGCAGCCAGACAAGGACACAACCAGCCCGACCACGGUGCUCAGUCUGCCCAAGGAGACACCAACCAUCACGAGUAGCAGAACAACGCAGACGAAACCGCAUGUCGGAUGGCUAACCCCUCCAGGCCCCGAUGAUGGCGCUACAUUUGGAAGCAAUGAUCCUCAACAGCCAGGUCGCGAUGACGAUGGCUCUAAACAGCCAGAAAACGGCAUUACCAGUUCGAUCGCGGCGCUCAAACAUCCCAAGGAGACACUAAGCAUCACAAGUAUCAAAAUAACACAGACGAAGCCUCGCGUUGGAUGGUCAACUCUUCCAGGCCCCGACGACGGCACUACCUUGGCUUGGUUCACGAAAACAACAACGCAUACCGAGACUGAGACCACCACCACGACAGCAUCCACUACUAUAGAUCUAAACCCAGAAGAGACUGACACUCCAACGUCACCAAAGAAAAACCGCUCUGCUGGCCUUCAAACAGCCGGCAUCGUAAUGGCGGUUCUAUUUUUCAUCCUAUUCACAGGUCUAAUCACCUGGAAAUGCUUUCGACACCGCCAGCAGAUUCAGUUUUAUGAGGGCCCUGAGGGGCCAAUGGGUGAAGCUGGUGGCAGCGCCUUCGACGAUUCAGGCUCAGAGGCCGAUGGGAGACAGGCCAGAAAUCUGGUGGCCUCGGUGAGGGACUGGUUCAGAAGGCACCAGUUUCCAUUUCCUCCGCCAAACGAGCCUGAAGAUCCGACUUCUGAUGGUGAUGAACCUGGGCCUCGUCCGGUUCCUCCCCCUCCCCCUCCUCCUCCUCCUAUUCCUGAGCAACCAGUUCAAGCUCCCGUUUCUGUAGUACAUUCAAACAUCCCACCUACUCGUCCCGCUAUCCCACGACGUCAAGUCCGGGCUCCCUCGAUUCAAGUCCCAACUCCUGACCCAGCUCAAGAUCGGAGUAGCUCGAGUGUCUACAGCCAGGACAGCGGAUAUCCAAGGUCGAUCGAAAUACCCAGGCCACUCUCCAUACACAGAUCCCGUCGUACACAGGAGGAACCUCAGUCGCCUCGAGAAUGGAGGACAACAGGAGAGCCUGUGCCAACCGAACAUUAUGGCUGGGUUUAA